UUGUGGCCUGCCUCCCUCUGAGGUGGGUGUGGGGUAGAGAUGAUCCCUUUUUUGUAAAAGUAGAAAGUGAUCUUGCCCCCCAAGGUCACAGAAGAGCCCUUUUGGGCUUCUGUGGGUAUUGAGGUGAUGGCGGUUGGCAUCUAAUCAAAUAGAUGAACCUGGUUGCCUUCCUCUUAAUGUUAUCAUCACCUGUGGCAGCCUGAGGCUUUGUAGAGCAACAAACAGGAGGGAUGAGAAACAGCCUAUGUGGACUGGUUUGUACAGGCCAGAUGGUAUGCUGCUUACAUUUUGGUAUUGUCUGUUAUGUUGGAUGUGACAGAUUAAGAUUAUUCAGCCUGUUUUACAUGUGUAAAUUGAGACUAAGACAGGUUAAAUGAUUUGCCAAAACUGCCACAGCAAAUAGGACCAGGAUUGAGAUUUCUAGAUAGUUUAUUCUCUCUACUAGCAAAUGCUACAUAUACCCUCUGGUGAGCGGUCGGCCUGCUAGUCACUUCUGGGAAUAGGCAGAAUAGUAUGAAGACACUAGUAACCUCCCCUCCUCCCUUGAGUAAUUACGUGGGCUUAAAGCCUGUUAUCUGAUAGAAUUAGUUUGUUUUUACCAAAAUUGACCUGAGAAAGAGUCUUGAUUAAUUGUAUUCAUGAUUUUUGAGUCAGAUCAGGCUAAAAACUUAGUUGAAUAAAGUCACAGAGUUUUUAACAUCUAUAGAGUUGAAAUGUAAUUGGAAUUACCCUAGUACCAUUUCCUUAUCCUCUUCUCAUUUUAUAAGAGAAUAUAUACAGUAUCUGUUGGAAAAUUAUAUCAGCCGGUCAGGCUAAGGAAAAACUUAAAACCUCACUGACUGUUGUCUGAAGCAGAAAGUCAUUCCUAUAACCACUGCUCCUCCUGUUUCCUAUUAUUAUUUCUGUAGUCUAGGUAAAAGGUACCUCUUUGCUUCUGAUAAAGAAAAUAGUGGGCUAAUCAGGAUGGAAAUAACCAUUUGGUCAUUCCUCUUUCUCACCUGAGCUGUUUUCUAAGUGGUGCCUGUAUUCUGGGUAGACAGCAGAGCAUGAACCAAGUUAGGAGUGGCAAAUAGCUUUCAAUUUGCUUGCCAACUUCAGUUCAUUUUACUAGAUAUCUGGACUGCCAAGCUUAUAAUGUGUCUGAGGCUAUGUUUAGGCUUAGCAGGAAAAAGCUGUGAUCAAUUAAUGAUGUCUGCCAGAGGCCUGGCAUAGGGAUGCUGUGCUAUGUGUGCCAUGCAUUUUCCAUCUCUGGACCAGGUACAUCUCUAAUAUCACUUGGGGCUGGUCCCUCUGUAAUUGGCAGACUCAGCAGGCAUGACUGGAGAGGGAAGUCCCAAUGGUGCUAGAAUGGUGCUGCAGUGGCAGAAGACGGCUCACGAGUGAGGUCUGGAAGAACAACAGGGAAGACAUCCAUCAUUUGCUCCAAAGUGUGCAAGUCAGAUCCUGGGGAGAAUCAUGAUAACCCUGAUCACUGAGCAGCUACAGAAACAGACUCUGGAUGAGCUGAAAUGCACACGCUUCAGCAUCAGUCUGCCUUUGCCUGAUCAUGCAGACAUCUCCAACUGUGGGAACCCUUUCCAGCUUGUGCCUGAAGGUGCUUCCUGGAGGGGCCUGCCCCACUGUUCCUGUGCCGAGUUCCAGGACAGCCUCAACCUCAGCUACCACCCGUCAGGCUUGAGCCUGCACCUCAGACCACCCAGCCGGGGAAGCUCCCCACUGGAGCAGCCCCUCUCCCAAGUUCUAAGCCCUGAGCCCCCCGACCCAGAGAAGCUUCCUGUGCCCCCAACCCCUCCAUCCAAGAGGCACUGCCGCUCACUCUCAGUGCCCGUGGACCUGUCUCGCUGGCAGCCAGUGUGGCGGCCUGCCCCCUCCAAGCUGUGGACUCCCAUCAAGCACCGAGGCAGUGGUGGAGGGGGUGGGCCGCAGGUGCCUCACCAGAGCCCUCCAAAGCGGGUCUCCAGCCUCAGGUUCCUCCAAGCUCCCAGUGCCUCUUCUCAAUGUGCCCCAGCCCACAGACCCUACAGUCCACCUUUCUUCAGCCUGGCCCUGACCCAAGAUUCCUCUCAACCCUGCGCUGCCUCCCCCCAAAGUGGCUCCUGGGAGAGUGAUGCUGAAUCCCUGUCCCCUUGCCCACCCCAGCGUCGAUUUUCCCUAUCACCCAGCCUGGGCCCACAGGCAAGCCGCUUCUUGCCUUCUGCCCGGAGCUCCCCUGCAUCCUCCCCAGAGCUGCCCUGGCGACCCCGGGGCCUCCGCAACCUUCCUCGAAGCCGCUCACAGCCUUGUGAUCUGGAUGCCCGAAAAGCUGGAGUGAAGCGGCGCCACGAGGAGGACCCCCGGCGGCUAAGGCCUUCCUUGGACUUUGACAAGAUGAAUCAGAAACCAUACUCAGGAGGUGUCUGUCUCCAAGAAACAGCCCGGGAAGGCAGCAGCAUCUCUCCACCGUGGUUCAUGGCCUGUAGCCCCCCACCCCUCUCUGCUUCCUGCAGCCCCAUUGGGGGUUCCUCCCAGGUGCUGAGUGAAAGCGAAGAGGAGGAGGAGGGGUCCGUGCGGUGGGGGCGGCAGGCGCUGAGUAAGCGGACACUGUGCCAGCAGGACUUUGGGGACCUGGACUUAAAUCUGAUUGAGGAGAACUAAAACUGAGAGGCUACUACUUCCUGGGGCCACACAGACUGACUCUCUUAUGGCUACUAACAAGUGUCGAGGCUCCAAGACUGGGGCCCAGCCUGGGAAUGGGGAUGAGUGGAGGGCUCCCACUCAGGGCAGCUGGAAAUCUCGCUCCAGGAAGCUCGACCAUGCCGAGAGACUGGCCGGGACAAGAUAAACAGAGCUGGUGGCGGGAGGGACAGCCCAGAGCAGACCCUUCCCAUGGCGGCCCUGAGUGUGAGUAUCCCUGCCAAUGAGAAAGCAAUGGGCAGGGAAGGAAGGGGUCAGCUGACCCCUGCUCGGGGAAUUUCACUAGCCCCUUUGCUUCAAAGGGCACUUGUGUCUUAGAAUUUGGCCAGGGUGGGGGGUUCAUUCAGCCUCCUCGGAGAAAUUGUGUGUGAGUGUGUGUGUGCUUGGGAGUAUACUUGAGGAAAGGUGUAAAGGUGUGUUUGCGUAGCCUUAGGGAAGGAAGGCAGUUGCUCCUUAAUAGAGCAUCAUGAUACCCCCAGGAUCUUGAGUUUUCAUGGGGCUGUGGGCUUGUUAAAGAAGUCAAAAGGAGGGCACCAAGUUUUUCUUUUUCCUAAGUAGCUUUGGAACCAGGCUUAUGAUCCAUAAGCACCACUGGCUCCGCAAAGGAUUCUGUUUGGGGGUACUGCAAGCUCUUUUAAGUGCUGUGACCUCAGCCAAUGGUUUUUUCCUCAGGCCCAACCCCCCCUCCCCUAGAUAGACUUAGUGUUGGGGCUGGAGAGGGCUCUUCACAUUGAUUCUGAGCUGGCCUUUUCUUCUUAUCAGAUUGCCUAGGCUGUAUACCACCUGCCUCUCUCACUCUCUAAGUAGAUGCAAGCACAUGUGGGUAACUGAGGCAGGGUUGAAGGGCUUCAUCUCUUUCUUUCCCUCUUUACUGAUGGGACCUUUUUCCCCUCACCCUCUGACCUUUGAUGCAUUUGGACUGCUGACCAUUUAAAAGCAGCCUGUGAUUGCUUCUUUUGUAAAGCAAGCAAGCAACCUCCCUCUACUUUAGCUGUUUGACUAUUUGGAUUUUCACACAUUGGGCUUACCCAGAGUGUAGCGCAUCUCUACAGGGCUGUGGUUGACGCUGGGUAGACAUCUGCAUCUGUGUUGUGUGUGUGGUGUGGCUGACCAGUAGGUGAGUAUUCCUGCGUGUGUGAGUGAAGCCACUCCCAGGCUGGUGCUCUCCUCCUGUGCCCGGUGACUGCCCAGUGGCAGCUUUAGCUGCCCUUCACUCCCACCUGCUGCCAAAGUCCCUGUGCUAAUGGGAUUACAAAUACAAAAAGUGGAAAAAA